AUGAAGAAAUCUUGUGCUGUUGGAGGUAUGUCUUCUAAUUUUCAACUCUGUACGUUCAAGGACUCUCUAACAUGCAAGAUUUUUAUUGAUCUUAACUCAUUAAAAUCCGCAAAGGCAUUGAUUGAAGACCCAUCAGCAACAUGUGUAUCAGAUAUCGGCAUCAUAUCUCAUGAAUUACGACAGGUGCGUACGCAAUUUCACUCACCAUCAACAUACACAUCUUGCCGUGCUCAUGGUCCAAUAACCAUGAUUCAUACUUGUCACCCGUUCUCGCUCUUCACUUUAGCUGAAUUUGACCGUGGCCGUAGUCCUUGUGCUUCUAUUUUUCGUACCAUUGUCCGAUGA